AAAAUCUUCCGUGCCCGAAUACUGAUUCUCUCUCUGUCUCCCCGAAAUAAACACUUUCGGAUUCAUUAAUUCACGCUUUAAACAAAAAAACUGAAGCGAAACGCCGCACUCUUUCCUCCCCCAAAACAGAAACUCCUCUGCCGUUGUUUCUGCUGCAGUGAUAUUGAUUGCUGGCGGUAACAGAAGAAGAAGGAAAGCAUUAGUACUUAAUUGAUUUCGAUCUCGGAGGAGAGUCUUGCGCGUAGUACGUACGGAAUGGCGGUUCCAUCUGCGGUAUUGGCUUCCGCUCCGGCGUCGCUUUACGUUGGGGACCUUCACCCUGACGUCACCGAUGGCCAACUAGUCGACGCCUUCUCUGAAUUCCAGACUCUCGCCUCUGUUCGUGUUUGCCGCGACUCCAAUACCGGGAGGUCCCUAUGUUAUGGCUAUGUUAACUUCAUCUCUACUCAAGACGCACAGAGAGCUAUUGAGGUCAAGAAUCAUUUGUUGCUGAAUGGAAAAAUGAUAAGAGUCAUGUGGUCACUUAGAGAUCCUGAUGCAAGAAAAAGUGGAGUAGGGAAUGUCUUUAUUAAGAACUUGAAUGAUUCAAUUGAUAGUGCAAGAUUGCAAGAGUUGUUCCAGAAAUUUGGGAAUGUUGUGUCCUGUAAAGUUGCCACAUCCGAGGAUGGAAAGAGCAAGGGGCAUGGCUUUGUCCAAUUUGAGACUGAAGAAUCUGCAAAUGCUGCCAUUCAGGAGCUUAAUGGUUCCACUGUUGUUGACAAACAGAUAUAUGUUGGCAAGUUUGUUAAAAAGAGUGAUAGGAUGUUGCCAAGCCCUGAUGCCAAAUAUACAAAUCUGUACGUGAAGAAUUUGGAUCCUGAUAUCACAGAAGAGAACCUGCGUGAGAGGGUUUCUGAGUUUGGGAAAAUUGCUAGCCUGGUUAUAGCAAAGGAUGAUAAUGGGGCCUCUAGAGGUUAUGGCUUUAUUAACUUUGAUAGUCCAGAUGAUGCUAGACGUGCAAUGGAAGCAAUGAAUGGAUUGCAGCUUGGCUCCAAGAUUCUGUAUGUAGCAAGGGCACAAAAAAAGGCAGAGCGUGAGCAGAUUCUGCGUCAUCAAUUUGAAGAGAAGCAGAAGGAGCAAAUUUUGAAAUACAAGGGCUCAAAUGUUUAUGUGAAGAACAUUGAUGAUGAUGUCACUGAUGAAGAGCUUAGAGAACACUUCAGUCAGUGUGGUACAAUUACUUCUGCAAAACUUAUGCGGGAUGACAAAGGAAUAAGUAAAGGGUUUGGAUUUGUUUGUUUCUCCAGCCCAGAGGAGGCCACCAAAGCUGUGCACAUGUUUCAUGGAUACAUGUUCCAUCGCAAGCCACUAUAUGUAGCCAUUGCUCAGAGGAAGGAGGAUAGGCAAGCACAAUUGCAACUUCAGUAUGCACAGCAAAUGGGAGGUUCUACUACAGUUAUCCCUAGUGGAUAUCCUCCUUUUUACUACACAGCUCCUACUGGUGUUGUUUCACAAGUACCUGCACGACCAGGUCUUACGUAUCAACCUUUAGCAUUGAGGCCAGGAUGGAGGGCUAGUGGUUUUGCACCUCCAACUGCAUCAACCUUUCAACCAUCAUCACUUUCUGCAGUCCCUAAUGCUCCAAGGCAACAUAGGCAGAACCGAAGUAGGAUGAAUGGGCACAUGCUUCUACAAGGUGGACCUCACCUUGUCUCAUAUGCACCACAUUUGCGGCCAGCUCAAUUGAUGACUUCUUCAAAAGAGUUGAGCAAUCGACAGCGUGCUGUGCAGGCCAAAUAUGUGUCAAAUGGUCGUGCACGUGAGAUGAACAAGAGCUCUGGAGUCUUACCAGCUACUUCCAACUCUGUUGGAAGUGUGUCACAAGAAUCAGAUAUGCUUAGUAGCACGCUUGCUGCUGCUUCCCCUGAGCAGCAAAAGCAGAUACUUGGAGAGCGUCUCUAUCCCCUUGUUGAGAAACACCAGCCUGAUCUUGUCGCAAAGAUCACGGGAAUGCUUUUAGAGAUGGACAACUCAGAACUACUUCUUUUAAUAGAGUCACCCGAAGCUUUGGCAGCCAAAGUGGAAGAAGCUAUGGAUGUGCUCAAGCUAUCAAAGACUAAGGUAUCAGCCCAGGAUACUCUUCAUUCUAGUUACCUCUGUACUGAGGUUGCAGUUAACUGAAGAUGGGCAAUUCAGUAUAAUAGAGGUUAUAAAGCUCUACAGGAGCAACAUUUUUUGAUAUUGAACUUCUUUUUCUGUUUGGUCCGGUAGUACUCUUUAAUUAGUUUUCUUUGGAUUCUUAUUUGGUAUUUUGGUUUUAUAGACAUCUGACUGUCCUGAGAGAAUUUAAGAACCAUCUUCUGUAGAAGUUAUUGGUAGUUGACUUUGAACCAAAACGCCUAUAUGCAUAUGCUGAAUUUUUGCUGCAUUACUAUCAAUCAAUUUUGCUCUUGCUU